GGCAUUGGAAGCUCAUAAUUAUGAGGAUGCAUUUGUAGCGCCCGAAGACAGUAUUUCCGCCAAUCAAAAUAGAAGUGAGAUAACGCCGCGGAAGAGUCAUCGCAACCUACAACGUUGGUAA